CAUCAUUUUCAGAUCAAUGAGUUAUAAAUAGCCAGAAGCCUUGAAAUUAUCUACUUCCUACUUCUUGUGGAAAACAUAAAAGUUACGAUUACAUUGUAGCUUGCUUCUUGGAUUCUAAAUAAACUGCUAAUAAUUGUAGAUCAAUUAUAGUUAUUGACACACUUGAAGUUUUUGCAGUGGCGAAUGAACUCGUAGUAAUGAACACUUGGUUUAAACUGCUGCUAAGGAGACGUGGAGAUCGCCUGUGGAUGGACAGGGCAGAAUAAUCAGGAACCAGAUCGACUUUAUGUUACUCAAUAAAAGGUUUAGAAAUGGCUGCCUGUCCCUCAAAACAUAUCGAGGAGCUGACAUUGGAUCAGAUCACUGCCUCCUGGUUGGUGUGUUUAAGGUGAAAAUGAAGAAGGUCAACACUAAGAUGACUCCAAACUAUGACCCUCAGAUACUCAAAAUCCCAGCAAUGCUCAACGACAACAUUCAACCAAAUGAAAACAACAGCGUCGAUAUGGAACUCAACAAAUUAAAACAAGCAGUGGAAAUAGUAAAGCAAGAAUUGUUGAAACCGGACAAAAUGAAGAAAAAAUAUUGGAUGACGACAGAAAUAUUAAAUUUGAUGGAAGAAAGAGGACAAAAUAAGGGAAAUCCAACUGAAUAUAAACAAAUACAAUGCAUUAUAAAACCGGAAAUAAAGAAAGCAAAAGAGAAAGAAAUACUAGAAAAAUGU